AGAAGGGGAAGGAAUCAGCGGCGGUUCCUCUCACAACACCUGCUUUCUGCACGUCGCUGUGUAUUGAAACAUGCCGCUUUGAACUCCAGAGUUUCUCACUCAUUAAAGAUGGAAGACCGUAUUGCGCCGUGGACCCGCUGAAUUCUCUUUUGUUGAGGGCGAUAACUUUAAAUCUCAAGUCUCCCGAAAGAUCUGCGACUUGUCUUCACCUCUCCCAGCGAGUGUGUGUCUGUGCACAGCAGCACUUUUGUCACUUUGUGCUUCCAGAGCUGCUUCAGCGUCCACAAAAAACACCCAGGGAGCACAGGCUGUAAGAUUAGAGUGAAGAAUGGGGUCAUCUGUUGCCCUGCUGGCCCUGCUGCUUGUUCUGGACUUGACCACUAGUGUAUGGAGUCUGAACCCGGAUGACCCCAAUGUCUGCAGCCACUGGGAGAGCUACGCCGUGACUGUCCAGGAAUCCUACGCUCACCCGUUUGACCAGAUCUACUACACCAGAUGCACCGACAUCCUCAACUGGUUUAAAUGCACAAGGCACAGGAUCAGCUAUAAGACGGCUUACCGGCGGGGAGUGAGAACCAUGUAUAGGCGCCGCUCGCAGUGUUGCCCUGGUUACUUUGAGAGCGGAGACUUGUGUGUUCCUCUGUGUACAGAGGAGUGUGUCCAUGGUCGCUGUGUGUCUCCUGAUACAUGCCAGUGUGAGCCUGGAUGGGGUGGACUGGACUGCUCUAGUGCAAACACAGCCAAUGGAACAGGCUGUGAGAGUGACUACUGGGGACCUCACUGCAGUAAUCGGUGCCAGUGCCAGAAUGGGGCUAAGUGUAACCCCAUCACAGGUGCCUGUGUCUGCACUGAUGGCUACCAGGGAUGGCGUUGUGAGGAGCCCUGUGAGCACGGUUACUUUGGCAAGGCAUGCCAACUACCCUGCCAGUGUCUCAAUGGUGCCACCUGCAACCACGAGACAGGAGAGUGCAUCUGUGCACCGGGGUACUCAGGGGCUUUCUGUGGAGACCGCUGCCCCUCCGGUAGUCAUGGGCCUCAUUGUGAGCACCGCUGCCCCUGUCAGAAUGGAGGAAUGUGCCACCACAUCACUGGAGAUUGUUCCUGCCCUGUAGGGUGGAUGGGUUCAGUUUGUGCCCAGCCAUGCCCUCUUGGCAAGUACGGCAUAAACUGCAGCAAGGACUGUUCCUGUCGUAAUGGCGGACUGUGCGACCACAUCACGGGGCAGUGCCAAUGCGCAGCUGGCUUCAGUGGACGCAGGUGUCAGGAUGACUGUCCUGUGGGCACCUUUGGUCCGCAGUGUAACCACAGGUGUGAGUGUCAGAAUGGAGCCAAGUGUCAUCAUAUCAAUGGAGCCUGUCUGUGUGAAACAGGGUUUAAAGGCCCUAAUUGCCAAGAGAGAUUCUGUCCCCCAGGCCUCUACGGCCUCAUCUGUGACAAGUACUGCCCCUGUAAUACCACCAACACCGUAAGCUGCCACCCGCUUUCUGGUGAAUGCACCUGCUCUGCGGGAUGGACAGGGCUUUACUGUAAUGAAACCUGCCCUCCUGGAUACUAUGGAGAGGGAUGCAUGCUGCCUUGCAGCUGCACCAACGGAGCUGACUGCCAUCCUGUCACAGGUGCCUGUGUAUGUGCCCCUGGGUUCAUGGGUGAGGACUGUGCUACAGUGUGUCUUCCUGGUCUAUACGGACCAAGCUGCAUGUCCACCUGCUCUUGCCAUAAUCACGCAUCCUGCUCUCCGGUCGACGGCUCCUGUAUCUGCAGGGAAGGCUGGCAGGGGGUGGACUGCUCCAUCCUUUGUUCCAGUGGUACGUGGGGUCUGGGCUGUAAUCAAACAUGUUUAUGUGCCAAUGGAGCUGCAUGUGACCCUAUAGAUGGCAUCUGUACAUGUUCCCCUGGGUGGAGGGGAGAGCACUGCGACGAGUCCUGCCCUGAUGGCACCUAUGGGUUGGAGUGUCGUGAGCGCUGUGACUGUAGCCAUGCUGAUGGCUGUGAUCCAGAGAGUGGCUACUGCCGCUGCUACCCCGGCUGGACAGGAAUCCACUGCGAUAAUGUGUGCCCACAAGGCUUCUGGGGACCCAACUGUUCAGUCAGCUGCUCCUGUCAGAACGGAGGAUCUUGCUCUCCAGAGGACGGCACAUGUGUGUGUGCACCUGGAUACAGAGGGACUUCCUGCAAAAGAAUCUGCUCUCCGGGGUUCUACGGACACCGUUGCAGCCAGUCAUGUCCGCAGUGUGUGCACAGCACUGGGCCGUGCCAUCAUGUCACGGGGCACUGUGAGUGCCUGUCUGGCUUCUCUGGCUCUCUGUGCAACCAAGUCUGUCCGAGCGGCAGGUAUGGAAGGGCCUGCGCUGAGAUCUGCCUCUGUACCAACAAUGGCACCUGCAACCCAAUCGAUGGUUCCUGCCAAUGCUUCCCUGGUUGGAUAGGAGAGGAUUGCUCUCAGGCCUGUCCCUCUGGGCACUGGGGCCCUGAUUGUCUCAACUCGUGUAACUGUCACAACGGAGCCCAGUGCAGUGCCUAUGAUGGGGAGUGCAGGUGCAGCCCCGGCUGGACCGGACUCUACUGCACACAGCGCUGUCCUUCAGGGUUCUAUGGCAGGGACUGCUCUGAAGUCUGUCGCUGCCAAAAUGGCGCAGACUGUGACCACAUCACUGGCCAGUGUGCUUGCAGAACAGGCUUCAUUGGGAUGAGCUGUGAGCAGAAGUGUCUUGCUGGUACAUUUGGAUAUGGUUGCCAGCAGCUGUGUGAGUGCCUGAACAAUGCUACCUGUGACUAUGUGACUGGAACAUGCUACUGCAGCCCUGGAUAUAAAGGCAUCCGCUGUGAUCAAGCAGCUCUGAUGAUGGAGGAGCUGAAUCCAUAUACCAAGAUUAGCCCAGCACGAGGCUCGGAGCGUCAGUCUGCAGGGGCUGUCAUGGGCGUCAUAUUUCUCCUACUCAUCAUCAUGGCCAUGCUCAGUCUGUUUGUGUGGUACAGACAGAGGCAGAGGGACAAAGGCCAUGAGAUCCAGCCCAGUGUGUCCUAUACACAGGCAAUGCAUAUCACCAACACUGACUAUUCUCUGUCUGAGUGUGGAAGCACUGUAGCAAUGAGGACCAGCGCUGCUGAGGUCAAUCAGAGCCAGAGCAGCAGCAGCGGUGGCCAGUGCUUCUCCAACCCCAGUUACCACACUGUGGCACAGUGUAAUGUUGUCUCAACCAUCUCCAGCAACCUGGAUGGCACUCUGACCCUCAAAUCAAGCACCCUGAAAAGCAGGACUGGCUCAGAAUGGAGAGCCUACUGCAACCUCAAUGACCUAGAUAUUCGACAGGGGGAGACGCCGACACAAAGAGGCUCCCGAAAAGAUUACAUCAAGGGCUCCAUGUGCAGCAACAGCUCCUGCUCCCUGAAUAGUGAGAAUCCAUACGCCACCAUUAGAGACCCACCAGGGCUGGCUUGCAAGCACACAGAGAGCAGCUAUGUGGAGAUGAAGUCCCCCUCCCACCGUGAAGUGCCCUUUGGAGGCACUGCCACCCUCCUGGGCAGUGCGAGCAGGAAUGUCUAUGAUGUUGAGCCAACUGUGAGUGUCCUGCAGGGCCCCAAUGGAAUGGCCACCGGCUUCUCCCAGAGCCCCUAUGACCUUCCCUGCAGCAGCCACAUCCCCAGCCACUACGACAUACUGCCCAUGCGUCACAGCCCCACGCACACAACCCCGCCACCCCCAGAAAGCCCCAGCUCCCUGCUCUAGAGAGCACACCCUCUGCCGGGCUCUGACAGCGUGCCGGCAUCCAGGCGACGUUCAGCCAACUUUCAACCAACGGCCCUCCCUCUGUCUCCGUGUGUGUUCAAUUAGAUACUGAGAUGUUGAGAUGGAGGGACAGCCACAGCUCCUCUGGACUCUGCUCCCUCACUCACACUCUUUCCGUGUCCCUGAAGGAGGGAGGGGAGGAAAAGAGUGUCCCACACACCAGCGACCAUUCACCCAUUUUAUUUUCUUAUAGAACUGAUCACUCAAACUGCUGCCCAGCCUCUUUAUGGACCUCCUGAAGUGGAACAUAAUGGUUCCAAACAGCGCUAAGGGCAGCAUACAUGGAUUGGAUGGACAGAUUAUUUACAGGGAGAGAGCUCUCCGCACGCUCAUUUUUAGCCCAUGAUAUAGGUUUAUUCAAGGGGCACCCAAGUGUUUAUAAUGUCCCGUAAACAGAAGUGAUUUUCUCUACAGGAAGGAACGUAUAGCAACUUUGACCAUUUCAAAGCAGGUGAAGAUUUACUACAUACAGACAUCAGAGUUUAUGUCUUGUCACUGUGUGCAGCAGCUGCAGAUCACAGUACAGCUGACAUGAGGUGAAUAUGAUCAUCUACUCUGAAGUGAAGAAAAGUUCAGUCAAAUAGAUAAUUUUCUGUUCUAAAUGUUAAACAUGGAAACGCGAAUGAGAGUGAUCCAAGUCUGAUAACGCAUGGAUAAAUAGUAAAAUAUUGUAAUGGUCCUUUAUUCACUGUUAUCCAGUAAUGAUCACACAGUUAAUACUAAGGUGAUCGCUGUCUGUGACUCAAGAGCUUCUUUUAAGUUGCAGUGUAAAAGAGGCUCGGUGUUUCUGGAGAUGCAUUCAGGUCACCAUGUUCAGGCAUUAUUGCAUUACGAAGAGAUACACACAUAGAGUAAGUCUCAAGUUUGGAUUUCUUCCCACACUGAUGAAGUGACCAGAUCUUGUGUUGUUUUCUAUGUGAAACCAUUUUUCUUGCAAGUGUCUUAGUUUACAUUUUUGAAAUAUUGGGUGUUUAGAAGAGAUUGCUUUGACCUUUUAUGUUUUGUAUUUAUAAAGCUAAUUGCUUUACCUAUUAAUUUAUAUUAGUGAUGGUGAAUUUUUUCAAUGUGACACUAGAAUAAAAAAGAUGAGCAUGAUCAGAUAACGGACACCCACUGAUGUAGAUAACACAAAAUUUAUCUUCUUGUGAGAUGACGAGUGUCAUUUUGUGAACUGUUUUUGAAGUUAUUUAAAAUGUUCUUUCUCUCUCUGUCAGAUUGUUAAUUGAAAAUAAGGUUUCAUCAGACCAACUCAAGACCCACAAAUACCCUGUGCAGUAUUCACAAAGGGAACCAUAUGUAAAAAGUCCAAUUUGAAAAUAUUUUUAUGUUUGUACCAGGCUAAUUAACUUAUUUAUUUAUUGAACUGAAUUUAUUCAUUCACUAUGUGAAUUCCAUUUCACCCUCUGUGGAAGCAAUAACAUGUUGACAAUCGAUGCCCAGACAGCGUUUCAUUAGUGCUGGACAUUAUGCCAUCUUUGACCAGUGUAGUGACAGUGGAUAAUAUUUUAUGUGACUGUUUUUCCUGUGAGGAAGGUUUUUCCAGUUGCUGUUAUAUCAAUGCUGCUUGUUGUUUUGGUACAUAAGUUUCAAAUUAAAAGCCUAUUCUGCCACCAGAAA